ACAUCAGUGCUUGAUCAGCACAGGGAGGGUUGGAGAGAGAGCCGAGAAGCUGUACAGGACAGGAGCACAGACACUAAUGCUGACUAAAGGCUUUAAUUCAGUUCUUCAAAUGGCUUCUAAACCUCUGUCGUUCUUCUAAGAUAACGUGAAUGGCGAGUAAAAGAGGAAAAAGGAAACAAGCCGUGCUGAAUCAUCUGUAUUACCGCACCGUUAUUCAAGAUGUCACCUCAAGACGGCUAACUUGGACAUAAACUGACAUAAAACACUUGUCAAAUUGACUGACAACCAGCAGGUCCAGUCAGCAUCUCAGACUUUUUGCCAAUCACAAUACAAAAAAAUGGCCACCUACAGUCCUGCCCCAACACAAGAAUCUGCCUCAGAGGUAACCAAUGGUAACCUCAAGGGAAGCGGUUCUCAGGAGUCAAUGAAACUAAAGAAAGAGAUUUCCCUGAUCAAUGGUGUCUGCCUAAUUGUUGGGAACAUGAUUGGUUCAGGAAUCUUCGUCUCACCAAAGGGUGUGCUGAUUUAUAGCGCUUCAUAUGGUUUGUCAUUGGUAGUGUGGACUAUUGGUGGAAUUUUCUCAGUGUUUGGGGCUCUGUGCUACGCUGAGCUCGGAACCACUAUUACCAAGUCUGGAGCCAGUUAUGCCUAUAUCCUGGAGGCCUUUGGUGGUUUUCUGGCCUUCAUUCGUCUGUGGACAUCACUACUCAUCAUUGAACCCACCAGCCAGGCUGUGAUAGCUAUAACCUUUUCCAACUACAUGGUGCAACCAAUCUUUCCUACAUGCAUUGCACCUUAUGCGGCCAAUCGCUUGUUAGCUGCAGCCUGCAUAUGUUUGCUGACCUUUGUAAACUGUACCUAUGUAAAGUGGGGCACUCGUGUACAGGACUUUUUCACCUAUGCAAAAGUCAUUGCUCUUAUUGCUGUUAUCGUCACAGGCCUUGUCAAGAUAUUUCAGGGUUACACACAUAAUUUCGAGGGGCUGUUUGAAGGCUCGUCCCAGGACCCUGGGGAUGUGGCUUUGGCUCUGUACUCGGCUCUGUUCUCUUACUCAGGCUGGGACACGCUCAAUUUUGUCACUGAGGAGAUCAAAAACCCAGAGAGGAACCUGCCACUGGCCAUUGCCAUCUCCAUGCCCAUCGUCACAGUGAUCUAUAUCUUGACCAAUGUGGCCUACUAUACUGUUCUGCCAAUCCCUGCUAUUCUGGACAGUGAUGCUGUAGCUGUGACAUUUGCAGAUCAAGUAUUUGGGAUAUUUAACUGGACAAUCCCACUCGCUGUCGCAUUGUCCUGCUUUGGAGGAUUAAAUGCUUCUAUCUUGGCUGCCUCAAGGCUGUUCUUCGUGGGCUCCAGAGAAGGCCACCUGCCUGACUACCUGUGCAUGAUUCACGUUAGCCGUUUUACCCCCAUCCCCGCCCUGCUCUUCAAUGGUGCAAUGGCUUUGGUGUACCUGUGUGUGGAAGACAUCUUUAAGCUCAUCAACUACUACAGCUUCAGCUACUGGUUCUUUGUGGGUCUGUCCAUCCUGGGUCAGCUGUACCUGCGCUGGAAACAGCCAGACAGACUACGCCCACUGAAGCUCAGUAUUUUCUACCCGAUUGUUUUCUGCCUUUGCACCGUCUUCCUUGUGGUGGUCCCAAUUUAUAGUGACACAAUCAACUCUUUGAUUGGCAUCGCAAUCGCCCUAUCAGGCGUCCCUGUCUACUUCCUUUGCUGCUAUACACCAGCCUCCCGAAGACCUCUGUGGCUUCGCAAAUUUAUUGCAUCAUCUGGUUUGCUGAUACAGAAGGUUUGCUUUUCUGUGCUUACUGAGAUGGACACAGACGAAGGAAAAUUGGAAUAGAAUGGGACCAAUAGAUAUUGCUAUAUGGUACAGAGAGUUCCCCAGUGUGUUAGAAUGAUUGACGGGCAACAUCCAGCAGGUCAUUUGACUGAUGCAUCAAGCUCUUUGGGCAUUCUUUUAUUCAGAUACCUCAAUCACCAUUCUUAGUAAACUUACACAUUCCUUGUUGGGGAAAAUAUUUCCUAUUGCAAAAUAGUUUGUGUUGACAUAUUCACAUUUGUUUUUUUAAGUUCUCAGGAUUUUCCAGUCUAUUACAUUUUAAUAUGAAGGGUUCCAGGUUUAAGUUCUAAAUAUAGGACAAGGCUUCUUACCGCACACAGAAAUCAUUGUUAGUUGUAAAGCACCUCUGUUUUUAAUUUUUAUUUAAGGGAGGUAAAUGAACCAAAAUCAAGAAUGACAAAAUGCCAAUGAUAACGUGAACAAUUUUAAGCAGAAAAACAGCCUCCAGCUAACAGUGAAACAAAAGAGUGAACAAAAAUGUAAAUGGGAUUUUUACUUAAGGGGAGCUAAAGGUAUUAUGAGAACUUGAACAUUUAUUUAUUAGAGCGAAUCCCAAAUGGGCUACAGCAGUUAAUGAUUUUAAACUAUAGAAUUAAAAGUGCCUUUAAUAUUCAAUAAAAAUAUGUAAUCACUGA